AUGUCGGAUCACCAGUUUGAACCUCCAUGGAGCGGUAAUAAUCUAUCACUCGAAGAUAUCCCGGAUUUUUCGGCAAUUGGUCAGGUCGUCUGUAGGUUAGAAUAUUUAUUACGGAAAAGAAAAAAACUUAGUUGCCCUAACGACGACGUAGACAAUAGAAUAUUGUUAGCGGUUCGACGUGCAAUGGACAGCAUUCAGCCUCUACUAGUUGGACACCAAGACUUGACGGAUGUCCAAAAGCGUUUGUUGAUCAGGAACAGCAGAUUAUCGAUAAAAGAAGCAAAUAGUGUUAUUGAAAAAACUUUGAAAAUACGAUCUAAAUAA